AUGGAAGGGAAAAAAGGAGAAAACGUGAAAGAGGACCCGGAAAAAAGGAAAAACACAAACUUCGAAUGUAACAUAUGCUUCGACGACGUAAACGAACCGGUGGUGACGAGAUGCGGCCACCUGUUCUGCUGGUCGUGCCUCCUCUCGUGGAUGAACCGGAGAAACUACCAGUGUCCAAUAUGCCAAGCAGGAAUAUCGAGAGAAAACGUAAUACCGCUCUACGGACACGGACAAAACCAAACUGAUCCAAGGUGCGAAGCCGAAGGCGGAAAGGCCAAGAUCGGAGCAGAGGGGACAACCAGUAAGCGCAAACAGAUAAAUCCGCAGUUUUUCAGAGGAUACGACGGAGGGGUCUCGAUAUCGUUUGGAGCAUUUCCAUUCUCGUUCGUGCUGCCAUUCGGAGUGUGGUCCUCGAGCAGCGGGCCGAAUAUAUCAAGUCUGUUCGGAUUGAACCAGUCAACACACAAUAUGACGCCAGAAGAUAGUGACGGCUUGAAUAGAGCAAAGAAGAGCAUACACAAACUCAGUGUUUUUGAUAGUAGUGGGAGUCCUGAUGGUAGGAUACAUACUGUUCUUCGCAUAAACCACAAAAACAAAUAA